UGGGAGGGGUUUCCAGGAGCUCAGCACAGUGUGUCUCAUUUGGGCAUGAAAGAUCAUUUCCAAAAUGAGACAAGAAGGAAAUGACUCUUGGCUAGCACUGGAAGACACAUAAAACUUUAAGGAAGCAACUAUUYUCAUUUUCUGGAACCAAGAAAUACCCGAUCAAGCAGAUUUUAUUUGUUGGUCUUUGUUCAGAGAACCUCGAUGCGUUCACUUAUGGAGAACCGGGGGUGAGCUGACACUCUCUCCCCCUCUCAGUAUGCUAGCUCUGAGAGUGGAGCAGGGAGGGCGGGGGCUCGAUGAGGUUGAACGCCUGCGGAAGGAGGCUACCGCCGCUUGGCAGGGCCGGCAGUCAGGGAGACCAGCCUCCCACGAGCGGCGCGCUAACAUCAGGGAAAAGAUCUCCCAGUGGGAAGUCCGCAGUCAACAGGGCAGCAGCCAGGACGCCGGAGUGAAAGUACACCCUCCCACCAGAGCCCGAACUUUCUCUGCAGACCUCCUGGGCAACGGCCGUUCCAGUGAGAGCCCAAGAGAAAGCCACGCAAGAGCAAAGAGUGUCGAUUUAGAUUUUAGGGAAUCCCCUUCAAACGUUGAGCUCCRUGUGGUCGGUCGGAAGUCGGAGCCUUUGCAGAAAUGUUCCACUCAGUUUUCAACCACAACCCCAGGAAAACAAACACUUCCAGCACAAACGUUCACAUGUUCUAAAGAUGAACCCAACAACACUUUUUCUACAACUAACUCGGUGUUUUCAGCCAACAAAAGUCUAAAAGCGGAAUGGAUUUCAGGCGACGAAAAAGUCUCCAAACCUCUACCUCCUCCGUCGGCUGACGACCAAGACGACAACAUGCCUGCUGGGAACUUCUACACGUUGCAUGGUUUCUGGCGGAGGCUGGAGSGGGGGAACAGACUGGGCUGGGAGAACAGCAGGAGUUCUGCAGGUGAAGCUCCCCCGCCUCCUCCCAAACCUCAGCGUACGUUUGAGUAUUGUGGAACCAGCGAGGACAAGACGGGCCACGCGGCGCAGUGGGACAACAGAUCGGCUUACAACCACAACAGCAGCCGCUCCAACACGAGAAGCAGGAGGGUGGCCCGUCCGCCCAACUUUCCACCUCCUCCGUGUCCGGUAUCUCGGGGGGAAGGACUUUCAAGACAUAAAAAGAACAGGAAGUCCUUUGAGUACGAGGAUGUAGAGCGUCUCACAGCCCAGCAGGGGAACAGGGGGAAUGAGGACGCUCACCCAAACCUCCACCAUGCCUACUCUGAUGACAACAUUUAUGAGGAUAUUGUGUGUGAAGGCAGCACAGAUGAUUCCUAUGAGGAUGUUAAACUGUCCACCAUGUGUCUCCCCACUCUCAGGCCUCAAGCUGCAAAGUUUCCCCCCAAACUCCAGACCAUGCAUGGAAACGCCAGCAAAAUGGACAAAAAGGGGUUCCAAGCCUUAACGGGGUUCAAAUCUUCCACCUUCGCGAUCACUCCCAAACCUGUUGCACCUCGACGCACGAGCGUGCAGAGAACUCAGAGAACACCUCAGUACGUCACUAAGAUUGAGACUAUUUUUGACGACAAGCGAGGGAGGAAGAGGGUGAAGAACCAAGGGCUGUCAGUGCGAGCUGAGGAGACCAGCGGGACAGAGAGCGACCCUGAAGACGACACCAAAGGUUCCAGAAGAUCAGUUUACGUUCAGUCCACGCUGAGACGGCGGGCUGGAUACCGCACCCUCGAGAGAGACUUGAUUCAGCUGCAGCAGCAGCAGCUCUUCCAGAUCUUCGUGGUGGUGUCGCUGAGAAAAGGCUCGGCAGGAAACACCUACUCUCCUGAAAUCACGCAGCAGUUCCCAAAAAUGUUUGAGAAAUCGUCCCGGAUCUCCAAAGAAGCYGAGGAUCAACUGAAGGUGAUUCCAAAGUUCUGCUUUCCUGACUGUCAAGACUGGAAACCUUCUGCUCAGAUGCCAAGUGAGACGUUCUCCUUCGUCCUGACCGGAGAAGACGGGAGCCGCUGGUUUUGUUACUGCCGUAAGAUCCUGCCCAGCGGAAAGGGGAAAAGGCUUCCUGAGGUUCACUGUAUCGUCAGCAAGUUGGGCUGUUUCGACCUGUUUGCAAAGAUCCUAGAAGAGGUGGAGAGGCGCAGAGAAAUAUCCCCGCCGCUGGUUUAUCCUUUCAUGCGCAGCGUGAUGGAGGCCCCGUUUCCAGCCCCGGGACGCACCGUCACGGUGAAGAGCUUCCUCCCCGGCUCUGGCAAUGAGGUGCUGACUCUGUGUCGACCCGUGGACUCCAGGCUGGAGCACGUGGACUUYGACAGUCUGCUGCAGUGCCUCAGUGUGGGGAAGCUCCUGCAGGUGUUCGCCUCCCUGGUGCUCGAGAGGAGGGUCAUCUUUGUCGCCGACAAACUCAGUGUGUUGUCCAGAUGUGGCCACGCAGUGCUGGCGCUGCUCUACCCCUUCACCUGGCAGCACACGUUYGUGCCGGUGUUACCAGCCACCAUGUUGGACAUCUGCUGCUCCCCGACCCCGUUUCUCAUCGGCGUGCUGGCGCCGUGUCUGCCGCAGGUGCUGGAGCUCCCCAUCGAGGAGGUGCUCAUAGUGGAUCUGUGUGCAGACACGUUUGUCGUUCAGCUGGGUGAUGAAGACUGCAUCCUGCCCAGUAAACUGCAGGCGGCACUGCAGCAGGUCCUGGAAGACAGAGAAGACAUCCUGAGACAAGACAGUGGAGAGUUCUAUGGAGGCCACCAGGCCGACCUGAGCUCCCUGGUGUCGGAGGCAUUCGUUCGGUUUUUCGUGGAGCUGGUGGGCCACUAUUCUCUCCACAUGGCCGAGUCCUUCAACGGAACAAAGGAGCUCCAGAGGGACAGUUUCCGCAAGUCUCACCCAUCCCGUGGGGUCCGGCAGUUCCUGCAGCUCUUCAUGGACACCCAGAUGUUUGCCGGUUUCAUUCAGGACAAAGAGCUGCGAAAAGGAGGAGGAAGAAAAGGACUCUUUGAAACCAGAGUAGUGGAGUAUUUGGACUCGUGCCCAGAACCUGAGCCAAGUGGUGUCAACAGAUUUUUUAAAGGACUGGGAAACAAAAUGAAGCUCCUGCAAAUGAAAUAAAGAGCAACGUCUUAAAGACUUGUUUUUAAAUUAAAAAACCCGAUGUGUUGCUGCUGGACUGGCUGAAACAAACUGAAUGUAGAUGAAGUSUCAUCUUCCAGCCCUGCACUUGUUUGGAUCAAAACUGGAAACACUUUAAUUCUCUCAGCUUUGGUUCGUGAAGACUGAGAAUCAGAUGUUGGGUCUUUGUGAAAGAACAACAACCUUCCAGCUGCUGAAGUUCUCAGCUUUAACCUGUGGUAGUUCUUACGAGUGGAAACUGUUUACUUUUAUUUGUCAGGAGAUAUAACUUAUCCGUCUUGUAUAAAAUUGUGAAUAUUGUGGUUCAAACCUGGAGGAUUUUAUUAUUUCUUUUAAUUCAAACUAAAAUCUUUUGCUUCGACUCAGAUUCCGUUCAGGUUAACUAACUCGGACUAGAAUUAGAAGUGUUAAAUCUAAAAGAUGUUUUUAUACCAUUUUGUUCUUGAACUGGAUGUUUUUUGUUUUGUUUUUUUUACAUUUUGCACAUGUUCAAAACCAGUGUACAGUAUUUGUAACUUUUUUUUGUAAUUAAAGUAUCAUGUGAACAAAACUA